GGCGGCGGCAGGGGCAGUGGCGGCGGCAGGGGCGGCAGUCCCGGCGGGGUUGCGUCCUGCCGGGGCGAUGUGGGAGCGCAGGCUGCUGCUGUCUGCCCCGGGCAAGGCCAUCCUCCACGGGGAGCACGCCGUGGUGCACGGCAAGGUGGCUUUGGCCGUGGCGCUGGACCUCAGGACCUUCCUCCGGCUGAGGCCCUGUGGGGAGGGCAAGGUCUGUAUUCGUCUGCCCGGCGUUGGCGUUGAGAGGAGCUGGGACACGCUUCGCCUCCAGGCUCUGCGCAAAGGGUUUGCAGCUGCCUCUGAUGGCUCUAAGUCCCCCAGUGUAGAGCAGCUGGAGACACUGAAAGAGUUUGCUGGAAUUGCUGCCAGAGCCUCAUCUCCUGAGAGCCUUGCUACUCUUGCCUUUCUUUAUAUGUACCUGGCUAUUUCAGCUAAGUAUGGAGAUGUUCCAAACCUGGACAUACUGGUGUGGUCCCAGCUGCCCACUGGAGCUGGCCUGGGUUCCAGUGCUGCCUAUGCUGUCUGCUUGGCUGCAGCCCUGCUGACAGCCUGUGGUGCCAUCUCCUGCCCGCUGAAGGAGGGAGAGUCCACAGCCAGGUGGACAGAAGAGGAGCUGACUUUGAUCAACAGCUGGGCCUUCCAGGGGGAGCGAGUGAUCCACGGCAACCCCUCGGGUGUGGACAACGCCGUGGGUACCUGGGGUGGAGCCCUGCGAUACCAGUCAGGCAAAAUCACGCCCUUAAAGAGGGUGCCAAUGCUGAGGAUCCUGCUGACCAACACAAAAGUCCCUCGAAGCACCAAAGUCCUGGUGGCUGGUGUCAAGGAGAAGCUCCUGAAGUACCCUGCCAUAAUGAACCCAGUACUGGACUCCAUUGAUGCCAUUUCUCAGGAGUGCCAAAGUCUUCUGGAAGCAAUGCCUGCAAAUCCAUCACCAGAGGAUUACCCUGUGCUGGAGGAGCUCUUUGAUAUCAACCAACACCACCUAAACGUCAUUGGAGUUGGCCACCCCUCCCUGGACAGGCUGUGCCAGGUGACAGCAUCCCAUGGGCUGCACAGCAAACUGACAGGGGCUGGCGGGGGUGGCUGUGGCAUCACUCUGCUGAGACCAGACACCUCCCUGCUGGCCGUGGAAGCAGCCAAGGAAGAUUUGUGUGCCUGUGGAUUUGAGUGCUGGGAGACCAACAUCGGGGCCCCCGGGGUCACCCUGCACUCCUCCUCCUCUUUGAACACUAAAGUGCUGCAAGCGCUCGGCGAGAGCUGAGCUGCUGCCACCUCUGGCCUGACUGAGCUCUUGGCACCAUGUCCUCGGAGCUGUAACUGUGCCUGUCCUGAUGCCUGGAGCCUUCUCUCCCAUUCCUCUGUGGGAAAUGCAGGCAUGGAGCCAGUUUGGAGCCUGGUGUGACUGGGAGUGGGGCUGUGCUUGAGGACCUGGGAGCAACUGCUCGCUGUAGGGCUGCAUGUGAGCUUAACCCAGGCUCUCAAAAUCCUGUCUGGAAUUGACUUUGCUGCUGUGCUAAUCCCAAGGGGUAGGAGGAGAGGGUCUUGGCUGGAAUCCAGCAUGGAUAAUGACACUUGGCUUGGUUCUCCUGCUUCUGAUGCAUGUGGUGUCUCUUCCCUUCUCCCCUGGUGUCCCUGGAGGGCAGGCAGCGGAGGUUGGCAAGGUGGAUGUGCUGAGUGCUUUGACGUUUUGGGGUGAAAAGCAUCUUGGCAGCUCAGGGCUUGACACUCAGGUCUCUUUCUCCUGAGCUGAAGAGGAAACUUUUAAAUCCAGCUAUGAAUGAAGAGCUGGGUAACUAAAAUGAAAGCUACAGCACAACUUCAGGGACAUUAUCACUGGCUUCACUCUUUCCUCUCUGCCUGAGUUGGUAAGGAGGGUCCUGCAACCACUGCUUUUUGUCCACGUGCUCAAAGCCUGCUGCAAGCAGCAGCUGCCAAAUGCAAGGAGAUGGCUAAAGGGUUAAGGGCAGAGUUUUACUUCUGCUUGUAGUAGCUGUUGUGAGACCUCUCAUGGUUCAGUCUGGAAAGAGCAGAUCCUGGUGUUGGGUAGAUAAAAUGUGUUGUGAGCAGGCUGAGGGGGAUGAAGGAGGGUCAGUGAUGAAGCAAACACAAAUUGGGUUUGAGCUAACUACUUCUGAGUGGGAAAGGGGAAGAAACUCACUCAACCACCUCAUCAAAAGCUGAUUGUAACUUACAGUUGGCUAAGCAUAAACCCUAAAAGUGUUUAAGCUUUUUACACCCCUGAGAAGGCUUCUGAAAUAUUCAGAGCUGAAGGGAAUGGGCAAGGCAGUGCCUGAAGCUUCAGGUAAAAAGCUACCUUGAGAUGGCUGCUGCCUCUCCUCUACCUGCCAAAGAGGUUUUAUCCUCCUUCUGUUUGUCUUGGGGAGGGAGGGGGGAAGGUUGAGUGGCUUCAUUCAAAGCUGACUAAUCAAUCAGCAGUGGUGGGGAGCUCACCUUCCUCUUUCUCCUCCUGCAGGAAUAGCAUAAGCUCCUGUUGGAGAAGUCAAGCUGUACUAGCUCUCAAAUCCUGGCAUCCUGAUGGCCAGCCUUAGCUCACUGAUCAGCUGUAGAACUGUCUCUGGCUUUAAUAAAUGGAUGGGGUUGGGUUUGGUUUUUUU